AGUUUUCAGAGCUCGGUGGGAGAGAUGAAGAGCUGCUCUCCUCCGUGGCCGAGGGGAGAUGGAGGGGGGGAAAAAAGUCAACGCAGCAUGGAGGAAAGACGGAGCCCGGCGGUGUUCGCAGCCAUGAAAUGUUCGUUCUUGGAUGUUCCUUUGACUUUUAAAAGCUGCUUACGAGCCUGGAGCGUCCAGCGCUGAACGCACCAGAUCAUCUGCUCUGCACUGACCUCGUGUGUCGACGGCCUUCGCUGAUCCAAAGAUGAACAUCAUACUCCUUCACUACAACUACACCGGAAAGCUGGGCCACCGGCUUCCCAGCCCUGACAAGAACCCGGGCGCUUUGGACGUCCAAACCAUCGUCUUCCUCAUCAUUUGCAGCUUCAUCUUCCUGGAGAACCUCACCGUCCUGGUGGCCAUAUGGAGGAACCACAGGUUCCACAACCGGAUGUACUUCUUCAUCGGGAACCUGGCCCUGUGCGACCUGCUGGCCGGAGUCGCCUACCUGCUCAACCUGCUCCUCUCUGGAGAAAAGACUUUUGAACUCUCCCCCACGCUGUGGUUCAUCAGAGAGGGCAGCAUGUUCGUAGCGCUCAGCGCCUCCAUCUUCAGUCUCCUGGCCAUCGCCAUAGAGAGACACUUGACCAUGAUCAAGAUGAGGCCUUACGACGCCAGCAAGAACUACAGAGUGUUUCUGCUCAUCGGCGCCUGCUGGGUGAUCGCCGUAACUCUCGGCGCUUUACCCAUCUUAGGCUGGAACUGCAUCGAUAAACUCCUUGACUGCUCCACGGUCCUGCCUCUCUACAGCAAGAAGUACGUAGCCUUCUGCAUCACCGUGUUCACCGUCUUGCUCUUAGCCAUGUCGGUCCUGUACGCUCGCAUCUACAUCGUGGUGAAGUCCAGCAGCCGCAAGGUGAGUAAGUACAGCAACUCUGAGCACGCCAUGUCCCUUCUGCGCACCGUCAUCAUCGUGGUCGGGGUCUUCAUCGCCUGCUGGACGCCCAUCUUCGUCCUGCUGCUGGUGGACGUGGCGUGCGAGCGGCAUUGCCCGGUCCUUUACCAGGCCGACUGGUUUAUCGCGCUGGCUGUGCUCAACUCGGCCAUGAACCCCGUCAUCUACACCCUGGCGAGCCGGGAGAUGAGGCGGGCCUUCCUGGCUCUGGUUUGCGGCGUUUGCUUCAGGGCGAAGGCGUCGGGGAGCGGCAGCGGGAACAGGCGGUACCUGGAGCCCAGCCGAAGCAGGAGCAAAUCCUGGAGCAGCCAGAACAACCCGAACCAGAGCCAGAACCAGAGCCAGCAGAGGGGCCAGGAGACGGACACUGGGGCAAAAAGAGAGGGUGCUCAGAGUGAUGGGACUGAUUAAAAAAAAAAAAAAAAAAAAAAAAAAGGGCUCAAGCAAUCAAACAGAAGGAACGAUCUUCUCGAAAUGCAUACGAUUUUGGGACUGAUCAUCAGUUUGACAUGGUGCAUAUCUGAGAUGAAGAUCCGACUACACAGUUGCUCCAGCGCUUAAGUUUUACUUUGCUGCCUGAAUGUUUACAUCUCUCUAGCAUCUGCAGAUGAGAAAAAAAACAAAAAAAAAAAGAUCACUUUACAUUACGUUCAAUGAAGGAACCUAAAUUUCUCCAGAUGUGUACAUUUUACAAGUGACUCUUGAGAAUAUAGAGGACGAUCAGUAUUGUUAAAGGUGCGUUCCCCACAGGACAGGGCAGCUCACGACCAGCUAAGAUCCUGAGAGAUUUUUACUGUAAUAUCUGAAUCAAUGGUUCUGCCAUAGUGGCAUUAAACAAUCCUCACUAUCAUUGAAGAAUAUAUGGAAAAAUCAGCAUGCAACAUUUUUUUUUGGACACUAAACCUAUGCUUAGAGUUCCACAAGUAAUCAUUAUUGUAGAUAAUUGUUACAAUGAAAGAGUGAACUGUAUUUAUUAAUGUAUAGUGUUGGGCUCUCUUUCUAUAUUUAGCAACAUUUUGACUGCAGGCUCCUUAUGAAUUAUAUUUGAAGCAACUGAGACCCAAAUUGCUUCAUUUCAUCUACUCUGUUUUAAAACUAAUGCAGUUCUCGUUUUGGUGAUACUGGGGCUCCCCCUUCUGGUCAGGUGAAGUACUGCUGCGAUUUCAGAACUAAAAUGCUUUACUCUCGAUGGACCAUAGAGUUUGUGUAAAAGCGUAAAGCUGGCAGACAUGUGGAUGCUGCAUGCAAAAAAAGUAUACAAAAUUUUAACUCUGUUUAUUUGUCACAAUAUAUCAGCUUUGAAAGUCAAAAUAAAAAAAUAAAAAUAUUAAGCUGCUGAAUCAGGAGUGACUCAUGAUUCAAAUUCAAAGAAUUUGAAACUAGUGAACUUUGACAUAAAUUUCUGCCUGAAAAUUUUUAACACCCGCGACUAAACUAGUUUUUUUAAAAUGUACACUCCAUCAGCUGUCUGCUAAGAACAAAUCAAACAAGAUCAAUUUUAAUGAACACAGUAAGAAUGCUGCGGUGUCGAAAUUGUUUUCAUCCCAUCAUGACAGGCCUCUUUAGUAUUUAGUAGUGCUCUCUUUUACUGUUAAGAGGUGCUGCCAACAAGACUAAUAACCAGACUCCAACUUCUGGCGGCGGUCCUGAGGAUUCAUAGCGCCUCCGCUUCAUCAACGCUUUUGGAUUUGUGUGUUGCUGCCUUUUGUGAAUCCCACCAGAGAUUUUUUUUUUUAUGCAAUCCAAGUCAGGGGACUAUGAUGAUCGCCCAGGUAUCUUUCAGGUCUUCUUCUGAAAUCAACCUUUGGUGGACUUUGAGAUAUGUUAGGGAUCCUCAUGCUGUUUGAAGCUCCAAGAAUGUCCAAGCUUCAGCUUUUUCACAAACAGCAUGAGGUUAUCUCCCAGGAUUUCCUGCGAUUUGACUGAAUCCAUCUAAUGAAGUCAUUGGCUGGUUCCAGCAGAUGUGCCUGGCUGAGACCCCACCUAAAAGGCAAAUGUGUACCCUUAUGACACAUUCUACUUAUGGGCUUAAAUAAAUCAGAGACUACAGUCAUCAUUAUAAGUAGGAUUUUUUUCUUUGGUGAAUAUGGAUAAAAAUGAGAUGUGAUUGUCAUUCUGCAUAGUAAAAAGAAUUCAAGAAAUCAGUUUUAUUUAACUACUACAUUAUUCUUGAGUAAUUUUUUUGCAAACGCGUGAAAAAAAAUCUAGAUUGUUGCGGGUAUGCAUAAUUUUAAGUGCAAGUGUGUUUGUGCAACUCUGUGUUCAACUGCACAUAUCAUUCCCAAGUCCUCUUUAUGUAUUUCCCUUUUGGACAUGCAGGUUUUCACUUAAAUGUUCCUUUUUAAUUAUGAAGAUGAACUCUCUGAUGCAGCGUAUUAACCAUCGAUCAUCCAGCUGCCAUUGGAGCAUCGUACAAUCUCUGAAUUUCCAUGUGUAUAAUUAGAUAAAGGAUAACACCGUUACAGUUUAUGUCCUCGCUAAAGUAAAACUUUUAUCCUGGUCUGUCAACAAUGUUAAAUGCAAGAGCUCAAAGUAUGUAAUUCAGUCCUGUCUUGUUUUAAUUUUUUUAGAAUGUCUGACCACAAUUGGUAACUUUGGAAUGGACCAGAAAAAGUGAAUUUGUGUUUAUUUUCAGAACUUAAGAUAAAGACUGCCCACGAGAAGCUAAGUUUUUUUUUAAUUUUCUUCAAAGCUGCACACUUUGUUUUGAAUGAAUAGAGAAAUGUACCAAAGUGUCGUUUCGUGUAUGCAUGUUAAACUAGUAAACGUUGAGCUGAACAUAUAAUGAUCAGUUUCUUUUUUCUCCACAGGUUAUUGUAACAAUAAUGCAGUAUAACCCGUCAGUCAUUUAUUAAUUAACCUAACGCAAAGAAUAAAAGACUGGACAAGUU